UUGCAGGUGACUUCUCAAAAUGGUAGAUUACCUGGCUAAUACCGAGAUCAACAGUCAACGGAUUGCCGCGGUGGAAAACUGCUUUGGGACCUCCGGCCAGCCCUUAGCUGUGUCAGGAAGGGUCCUUUUGGGCGAAGGGAUUUUGACCAAAGAAUGCCGUAAGAAAGCCAAGCCCCGAAUUUUCUUCCUUUUCAACGACAUCCUGGUGUACGGCAGCAUUGUCAUCAACAAACGGAAAUACAGCUGCCAACACAUCAUCCCCUUGGAUGAAGUCACUCUGGAGAUUCUGCCAGACACCUUGCAAAUGAAGAACCGAUGGAUGAUCAAGACCUCCAAGAAGUCCUUUGUGGUUUCGGCAGCCUCGCUGACCGAGCGCAAAGAGUGGGUCAGUCACCUGGAAGAAUGCAUUCGACACCUUUUGUCCAAAACGGGACAACAGCCCCCGACGGAAUACGCAGCUCCCUGGAUUCCGGAUAAGGCAACGGAUAUCUGUAUGCGUUGCACCCAUACCAAGUUCUCGGCGCUCAUCCGAAGACACCACUGUCGAAAGUGUGGCUUCGUGGUGUGCGGAGACUGUUCCCGCCAGCGGUUUCUCAUGCCUCGGCUGUCCUCCAAACCAUUGAGGGUUUGCAAUCUUUGCUACAAGCAGCUGAUGGCCCAAAAGAAGGAAUCUGGAGACGAAACAAAGCCAGUUCAUUCUCCCGUGCCUGGCUAUGAAGUUUCUAGCGGAGACGAGAGUGACAGAUCUGACGAAGAUAAACUGGAACAGUGGCCAGCCGAGACAGAAUUUUACACGUCGGAUAUGAGCUGGUCAUCUUUCCACAGUUGAUUGCUCCAUGGGACUUCUUCUCUUGAAAUGGCUGUCGUACUUUUGAAAGCGAUGGAGAAGGCUGGACUGGCGAGAGAACUAACUUCAUACUCCACUCCAUCUGUUUUUUGUUUUAGGGAUAACAGAGAAGAACUAUCCUCAAAGCCAAUUUGUAAACUUUUGACUGGGCCCUCUAAGGUUGAGUCAUUCCUCUUGAAGCUCCAAAUUGGAUUAAAAUUAUAUUGUGUAUUUUCAGGAAAUGUUGGCCCUCUGUAUUUAAUUUUGAAGAUGGUCAGCAUCCAUACUCAUCAAAUGUUGAAUUUCCAUCUUGGGAAAUUCAACAGAACUAUAUGUAAAAAUAUCCCUGAGUUGUGUCUCUUGAAGAAACCCAGUUUUUUUAUAUAUAUAAAUCCAAAACAUGAGUUCUGGUGAUUCAGAAAUCAAAAGAAUGAUUUCUAGAAGAGCCUUGAAAAUUGAGGAUACUUUUUAUGAAGCACUAAGUGGAAGUUAUUUGAUGACAUUUACAAUAGUAUUACAUUUCAAAAACAGCUGCUUAUUUAAUUUUUUAAAAUCAACUUGAAAUCAAAAAUUAAAAACUGACAUUGCUUUGGAUGCUUACUUUAGAUUGAAUUAAAAAAAAGUUUGGGGAACUGGGUUUAGAUAUUUGGGGGUCCUUUUCUAGGUUAUGUUCAUAUAAAUCAUGCUACUGUGGUUUGUUUAAUGAGUUUUUCACUUGGGGUGUUAUUGAACUUAACCAGUAAACCAAAGCUUAGUGCAAUUUAGGAAUACAACUAGUGACUUGUUUGCGAUAAGCAGAAAAUUUUGAUAACUAAUGAUCCAUUAUCACACAGAGCAGAUGUGUUUUAGAACACUAAAAAAAGAAGUCGGAUGAACAGAAAACUGAUUUGUAGGCAGUAUUGAUGAGAAAGAGCCAAUUAUUUUUAAUAAGCCUAAAUUAUGCUUUUAACAUAUGCUGCUUCCUGAUAGAAUAGUACCUCUCUUAAUAGAGUUGUCAUUUCUUUUUUAAAGCAUACACUCUAUGUGCUAUAAAUAUGGACGUUGGUGUUAAAGAGAUUAUUAUUGUAUGAGUUUGCUUGUAAAGAACUUAAUUUUGCUGAUCAGCACUUUCGUCUUUCCAGAUUGCAUAGAAAUAUCAGAUGCGGAUAGCCAAAGCAAAAAAAAAAAAAAAAUAGCUUUGACCAUCUAGACUCUAGAACAGGGGUGUCAAAUU